AUGGCGGGCAACGACUAUGCUGCCGAGCAGCUGAAGGAGAAGGGCAACGCGCACUUCAAGAAGCAAGAAUGGGCCGAAGCCGAAGCGUGCUACUCGCAGGCCAUCACCAAGAACAGCAAGAACCCGCUGCUGUACACCAACCGCGCGAAUGCCCGUAUGAAGCUGGAGCGAUGGCAGGACGUUAUUGAUGAUUGCCUGAGGAGCAUCGAAUUGCUGCAAGAGAAUAUGAAGGCGUACUUCUAUCUGGCACAGGCACAACUAGCCAUCCACCACCCAAACGAAGCCUACACGUCCGCCCUCCGCGCUUACGAGCUCUGCGUCACCUCAGAAAAGCAAACCUCGAACGCCUUCCUGAUCUCCACCCUCGUCCUCAAAUGCAAGAAGCUGAAGUGGGAAAAUCGUGAAAAGGACCGCAUCGCGCGGCGCGGAGACCUCAUCGCUGAGGUAGAAGGCAAGCUGGACGUCGACUGCAAGCACCAGCUGUCGGACAUAGACGGGUCCGUCGAGGAUGGCACGAUGGGGAAGAUCGAAGCCGAGGACGAGCGCAAGCGCAUCACCGAGACAUAUCGCAAGAAAGUCGACGAUUUACGCACCGCAUUCGCCAUCUCAGACCCAGAGCAUAUGAUGAAGAGGGAGGUGCCGGACUACCUGGUCGAUCCCAUCACGUUUGAGCUCAUGCACGAUCCUGUGGUCACUAAAAACGGCUCGUCCUACGAACGCGCGACAAUUAUCGAGCACCUCAAGCGCAGCGAGACAGACCCACUCACUCGCGAAAUACUCCGGGUCCAAGACCUAAGACCAAACCUGGCGCUCAAGCAGGCCUGCUCCGAGUUUAUUGAAACAAAUUCGGGCUGGAUUUACGACUGUAAUGAAGGCGAGGAGUCUCCAGACACACGUUGGGCGCAUCUUUCUUCAACCUAA